UCCAUUGACUGUCGGCCGGGUCAAUGUUGAAAACGUAGCUCAGUCGCAAAUUACAAAAUUCUAAUCUGUAUUGUGAUAAUCAUAGAAUUUUUACCCAAAAAGGAAAACUUGACGUCGUUAGGGUAAAAUAUACGACCCGUUUUGUGGUCUUUGGUUUGGUUUCGACUUGUUAACCUAGCAAGUAAGUAACGCAGCCAUGCCGCCAGGGCCUGUUCAAAUAGUCCUGCCGGAGCCUAACAAGGUAGAUGAGCCGGCAGAGGAAACACCGGCUACUAAACCAAUAGUAGGGAUUAUCUAUCCGCCUCCUGAGGUCCGAAACAUUGUUGACAAGACCGCCAGCUUCGUAGCCAGGAAUGGGCCGGAGUUUGAGGCAAGGAUUCGUCAGAACGAGAUUAACAACCCAAAGUUCAAUUUCCUCAACCCUAAUGACCCAUACCAUGCCUACUACCGCCACAAAGUCAAUGAAUUCAAGGAGGGCAAGGGCCAGGAGCCGUCUGCCGCUGUGCCCAAGGUUAUGCAGCAGCAAGCCUUGCAGCAGUCUCAGCAGCUUAAUCAAAAGGUGCAGUCCCAGGUGAUUCACGAGGCUGUGGUGCCCAAGGAACCACCACCAGAGUUUGAGUUCAUUGCAGACCCUCCCUCCAUCUCCGCCUUUGACCUGGACGUCGUCAAACUGACUGCCCAGUUUGUCGCUCGCAACGGACGUCAGUUCCUCACUCAGCUCAUGCAGAAGGAGCAGAGGAACUACCAGUUUGACUUCCUCCGCCCGCAACACAGCCUCUUCAACUACUUCACCAAGCUGGUGGAGCAGUACACCAAGAUUCUGAUCCCUCCUAAAGGACUGCUGGUGAAGCUGAAGAGAGAGGCUGAGAACCCCAGAGAGGUCAUGGAUCAGGUGAGGUACCGCGUGGAAUGGGCCAAGUUCCAGGAGCGUGAGCGGAAGAAGGAAGAGGAGGAGCGAGAGAAGGAGCGCGUGGCCUACGCCCAAAUCGACUGGCACGAUUUCGUGGUGGUGGAGACGGUCGACUUCCAGCCCAAUGAGCAAGGACACUUCCCUCCGCCCACCACCCCUGAGGAGCUGGGGGCGCGCAUCCUCAUCCAGGAGCGCUAUGACAAGUUUGGCGAGAGCGAGGAGGUGGAGAUGGAGGUGGAGAGCGAGGAUGACGACGAUGAACGAGAUGAACGGGGUAAUGGUCAUCAUCCCUCCCAGCCUGAUCAGGACACGCAGCUGCAGGAUAUGGAUGAGGGUUCUGAUGAUGAUGAUGACAUGAAGGCACCCUUGCCUCCAGACAACCCCAUGCCACCCCCUCUGCCCCCUACCCCAGACCAGGUCAUUAUCCGCAAGGAUUACGACCCCAAAGCAUCCAGACCACAGCCUUCAACCGCCGCUCCAGACGAGUACCUCAUCUCCCCCAUCACUGGGGAGAGGAUCCAGGCCAGCAAGAUGCAGGAGCACAUGCGCAUCGGUCUGCUGGACCCGCGCUGGCUGGAGCAGAGGGAUCGCAGCAUCCGAGAGAGGCAGAUCGAGGACGAGGUCUACGCCCCCGGCCUGGACAUCGAGAGCAGCCUGAAACAGCUGGCCGAGAGGCGUACCGAUAUCUUCGGUGUGGAGGAGACGGCCAUUGGUAAAAAGAUCGGAGAAGAGGAGAUCCAAAAGCCAGAAGAGAAGGUGACCUGGGACGGACACUCUGGUAGCAUGGCUCGCACCCAGCAGGCAGCGCAGGCCAACAUCACCCUGCAGGAGCAGAUCGAGGCCAUUCACAAAGCUAAGGGACUGGUGCAGGAGGACGACUCCAAAGAGAAGAUUGGCCCGAGCAAGCCUCACGAGAUCUCCCAUCUUCCUAUGCAAGCCUCUUCUCCUCUCAUGCCCAAACCCAACCAACCCAUGACACUGUUGCCCCGGCCUACUCCCUCCAUGCCACCCCCGGUUCGCACCACGCUCCUGUCGGCUGUGCCGGUGCUUCCUAGGCCUCCCAUGGUCCGCCUGGCCCCUGGGCAGGUUCUUACACCCAUGCCCCAAAUGCUCCAUGCCCCCCGCAUCAACGUGGUGCCCAUGCCCCCAUCUGGGCCUCAUCUCAUGGCCCCCAGGCCACCCCCCAUGGUGGUCCCAACUGCGUUUGUCCCUGCUCCUCCUGUGCCACAGCCCCCCUCUGCUCCGGCUCCCCCGGCCCACCCCCCACCCCCACAUGACGACGAGCCUGUCAACAAGAAAAUGAAAAGCGAGGACAACCUCAUUCCAGAGGACGAGUUCCUACGCAGAAACAAGGGUCCAGUGGCGGUCAAAGUACAAGUUCCCAACAUGCAGGAUAAAACUGAAUGGAAACUUAGUGGACAAGUGCUCAAUUUCACCGUCCCACUCACAGACCAGGUGUCUGUCAUUAAAGUCAAGAUCCAUGAAGCCACAGGCAUGGCAGCAGGGAAACAGAAGUUGCAGUAUGAGGGAAUAUUCAUCAAAGAUUCCAACUCUUUGGCUUACUACAAUAUGAACAAUGGCUCAGUCAUUCACCUGGCUCUGAAGGAGAGAGGUGGAAGGAAGAAGUAAGGGGUGCUGGCAGCGUGCCCAAAGAGGCCUUCCCAUCGUCCUACUCUGCCUCUUUUGUUGUUGUCCCGAGUCAUUUUACGCAGUAGCUAAUUAUUUGUAGAGUAUCUUUUUCAGAUAAGAUGUUUGAAAACUGUCGACACGACUGUCUUUUGGCAACCAAACAAUUGUGCAAGAAUGCUUUCUGUGUUAAUAAAUUAGCUUGCCACUGAUUCAUUUUAAAGGAAAUCUCCCCCCCCCCCCCCCAGCCUAGCCUAUGUAAAUGUGUAUCUUUGGAGUCAUGUUAGUAUGUCUCAUAGGGUUAAUAAGCCUUUCUGUUGUGGUUUAACAACACGAACACAAAAUUGAUUUAUACUGGAACAUUUGCAAGACCAUGUUUAUUCAUCCAAUAAAGGCGUUUAAGUCACA